AUCAAUCCGGCUAAUGUUCUUUCAUUAACCCCUCGUCAAAAUCCUGGGUUGUCCCAAAAUAAUGCAGUAAGAACUAAGAAGUAAAUUCUGGUCUUAGAAAUUAGGCAGAAAGAUGAAGCUGAAGCAAUUAGAGGGUCUCCUCGGAAAUCUUGAUCAGUUUGCUUCACCAAAGAUUGAACUUGAACAAUACCCAACUGGCCCUCAUAUUGCUUCUCGAAUGUUAUACACUGCAGAGAAUUCAUUUGGAGAUGUAAGUGAUAAGGUGGUGGCUGAUUUUGGUUGUGGGUGUGGCACAUUAGGAAUUGCUGCUGCUCUUCUGGGCGCAGAUCAUGUUAUAGGUUUUGAUGUGGACGCUGAAUCCCUUGAAAUUGCAUACUUAAAUGCAGAAGAUCUAGAGCUGGAUAUGAAUUUUGUUCAAUGUGAUAUCCGGAACUUAGGAUGCCGAGGGAAAACCGUUGAUACAGUUGUGAUGAACCCUCCUUUUGGAACCCGCAAUAAGGGAGCUGACAUGGACUUUCUGUCUGUAGCUUUGAAGGUCGCUUCUCAAGCAGUAUAUUCUUUGCAUAAAACAACAACAAGAGAUCAUGUGGGAAAGACAGCCUUGCGAGACUAUAAUGCUAAAAGUGCUGAGGUGUUGUGUGAGCUUCGAUAUGAUGUCCCACAACUGUACAAGUUCCAUAAAAAAAAAGAGGUUGAUAUUGCAGUAGACCUCUGGCGAUUUGUGCCCACACCAGCAGCUGGAAAUGGUGUUUAACGUUGCAGAUGGUCGUGAUUUCUUCAAAUCUUUUGCCAACAGAAUUUGGCAUGAAUCAAGUUUCAGAAACUGUUCUCUUGUAAAGAGGAAUUUUGACUCAUCAACUGUCAAGUCAGGCAACUAGAUAAUAUACACAUUAUCCUCUGUAAAAUACUUUAAUACUUAGUCUGACACAAUUGAAAGCUAGUAAGCUACACAAUGCUAUUUAUUCUUUCUUAGAGAUUCCCUGAAAUUAUUUAUGUAAUACUUGAAUAUUACUAGUUUCUGAAAUUAUUAUUUUAUGAUCGUGAUUAUGUAAGAUCAGAUUUUAGUUAUUGAGAUUAA